AUGAACCCGUACUUUUCCACAUCCCGGAUACGCAGCCUGGAGCCCUUGAUACAGAAUCUCGUUAAUAAGCUAUGCCACCGGUUGAAAGAGUAUAGAAACACUGGAAAGCCCAUCAAUAUCCACCACGCCUAUAUCUGCUUCACCACAGAUGUUGUAUCUGGUUAUACGAUGGGCGUUGGGUUUCAUUACCUCGACGAGCCCGGGUUCGUCCCGGAAUGGAACGAAACAUUGACAACAAGCGCAAAGGCAAGCGUGUAUAUGAGGCCAUUUCCGUGGCUGCGAUGUUUACUAGACGCGCUCCCCGAGAGGGUGUUGUUGCGGAUAUUCCCCGAGGCAAUCCUGACGGCGCAGUUCAAGCGUCGUUGCGAGAACAUUAUGCAAUCGAUCAUCGAUGAACAGAGUUCCAAGAAUUACGACAGAGCCAGAAGUGAAUUCAGUCAUCCGACGUUCUUUCACGACGUGCUCAGUAGCAGCUUGCCCCUGGAGGAGAAAUCGCCGGAGCGGCUUUCCCAGGAGGUGCGAUUGGUUAUUGGGGCUGGGUCGGAGUCGACAUCGAAGAUGUUGGCGUGGACAACGUUUUAUCUGUUGGAAAAUAAGAAAAAGCUGGACAAAUUGCGAGAAGAGUUGAACCGACUGGACCCCGAAUACACGGCUUCUUUGGUGGACUUUGAGCAGAUGCCGUAUCUGACUUCAGUGAUGCUCGAAGGAUUGAGCACUCUUCAGUUCAAGGAAUGGACUAUUCCUGCCGGGACACCGGUGGAGAUGACCAGCGUGCUUAUGCACCACAACGAAGAAAUAUUUCCCGACUCGUAUAGCUUUAUCCCCGAGAGAUGGAUAGAUCUUUGCGAACGAAAACGACUCGAGAAGUACAUGGUGUCGUUCAGCAAAGGAUCGCGACAAUGCCUCGGUAUGAAUCUCGCCAAAGCGGAAAUAUUACUUCUCUUGCCCAAGAUCCUGCGCGAGUUUGAAUUCGAGUUGUUUGAGACAACUCGUGAGGAUGUCACUAUUGCACAUGACCUUUUCUUGCCCUACCCGAGGGAGGAUAGCAAGGGGGUGCGGGUUCUUAUUCAUUGA